UUGAAGGAUGUAACACGCAGUCACGACUUUGCAUAACAUCAGCUUCGUUACUAGCGAUCAAAUAGCACCAACCACAGGCAUUUAACAUGAGGGACCUUGCAAUACGUUUUGUAUUGAUUUUGACCUGCAUGAGCCAAGGUCAAGGUCAGACACAGAGUCCUUCAACUACAACUAAAAAACCGGAUGUUCCAGAAUUGGGAUUAAUUUUAACAUCGUACGAAGACCUCGGCACAGAUUUCGCCCAUUUGCGGCACCUUCCUAUGAUACCUGGGUACCAGAACUGGUCCGGGAUUAUCCCGGGAAUUGCCUUCGAGAAUCCGUACGUUAAACUGUUCAGCGUUGAUGUGGAUUACAGAAAGAAACUAAUUUACAUCUAUGACGAACAUUAUCGGUCACUGCUGUACGGGGUCAACUACAACGCUGCCCUUGACCUUACAAAGAUGACUUUUGACUAUUUGCACAUCGGGGUGUCACGUGGUCAAGUUCAGAUCGCGGUUGACUGGAGGUCGCAUACUGUGUAUUGGACGGACUCCGUAUUCAAGUGGAUUGUAGCCGCCGCGGGGCUGCCGGACAAGAUUAACAACGAUCUCUACAAAAUCAUCGUGGACACAAAUCUGGAUGCUCCCGACGGUAUAGCGGUGGAUCCGGUUGAAGGUGAUGUCGGUCGCGGUCCCAAGAUCGAGAGGUCCGACCUUACCGGAAAUGGCCGCCGAACGAUCGUCACUUCCGGUCUCGUGUCGCCGAUGACACUGGAGACGGACCGACGUCAGAAACGUUUGUUUUGGAUCGACGCAUUCCGAGAAGAAAUCCUUUCGGUAACAUACGACGGUGACGAUAAACAGAUCCUGAAAAGAAUACCAAACGCUCUGCUGUGGGAUCUCGCCAUCUUUAGGGACAUCGUAGUUGUGACGGACAUCCGCAACUCCGAGACGAUGUUCUUCAAUGCGACGAUUGGUUCUGCCCACGGCAAGAAGGAGUCCAUGGCGCUCAGUAUUUUCCCCGAGGACAUUUACGCAGUGGCCGCCUACUUUGAGGAAGAGCAACCGCUUGCUAAUCGUGACCACUGCGCUAUUCUGGACUGUGACCACUUGUGUCUUACGAACCGAGUAUCAGCGGUAUGCGUGUGCUCCGAGGGGUUCCAACUCAACAACGUCAACAACAAGUGCGAAGAGGUGGCCGGUAUGUACCACAAGGCCGUUGUGAUGGCCAGUACGACUCACAUCUGUCUGACGGACCUGCGUAUCACCGCCUACCCCGUCUAUCAAGUCGACUGUGUCUACACUGUCAUCGAAUCCCCGCCUCAGUCCGUUCGCCGACGCCGACGUCAAGCUACCGGAACAACUGCGCCCACUACCGUAACUACAACCACUAAGAGCUCGACCAGCUCCUCGACCUUCGUACCGACCCGCUUGACACUGGUUCCGAGUCCGACAACUCCGGCUCCAACUGCGGCGCCAGGCGACCUCAUUAGUUUCAUUGAAGUUAACGCAAUCGAGCGCGUCAUCUACUUCGCUGACGUCAGCAACCGGAUAUGGGCGCGCCCUGUUGACCUUCCCAUAACCGACAAAAGUAGAGACCUGCUCGUUGCAGCCAGAGGACCAAUAACAGGUCUGGCGUUUGAUUGGCUGGACCGAAACCUGUAUUGGUGUGAGCGGGGCGGUGACGUCCACCUUGUCAGCGUCCGGGAACGCGGGGUCAGACUCGUGGGCAACACGGGCGACAGUCCCGCCAAUCUGGUCAUAUUCCCACACGAUAGGUCUCUCGUCUGGUCGACAAGUGACGCCAUCAAGUCAAUGCCGAUGGACGGAAGUUCUACACCGAAAGUGCUGGUUCCAAACGCUAAAUCGCCGAAAUAUAUAUCCGUUGACACCGACUCCAAAGUUGUUUACUGGCUGACUUCCGACAACUUACUGAUGGCGGUCCCGGUAGGUGGCGGAACGCCGCAAACACUUUUGACGUUGAACAACGGAACAUACGUCAUAUCAGCAUAUAAGGACUACAUAAAAUGGCUGUACGAUAACCCGGAUGUUAACUCGGUAAACUACGGGUCAUACAACGCGCAGGUGCGCACACCGAUGCGCGGUCAAUUUGAGAUUGACGCCAUUGACAUGAAAGUUCUUGACGCCACGCUGCAGAAAAAGGAAACAAGUGGGUGGUUAUUCUAA